AUGACCUCUCCAACGCACAGCCAUGCGUCGACCACAGGCAGUCGGCGUCACCACACGCCGCUGCUGCAGGAGCGCAGCAACUCUUUGACUCGCCGACAGGAAAUGCUGAAGCUCCAAAACGGUCCGCCGUCCACCCUGCACUACCCCGCAUCACCGCAGCAAGAGGAGGCGGACGCGGAUGCGGCUAUGCCGGGCACCGUCGUCGUGUGCGGUGUGCGCUCCGCGUUCCCGCUCAUCCCGCUGACCGACGAGGCGCAAAUCGCAAGCGGCAGUGCGGUGCUCGAGACGCCGUCGCCGCAGUCUUCACCUAGCUCGCUGCGCGGUGUACCGUGUCUGCGCCGUCCGUCGUCUCCGACCGCGGCCACCCUCUUCCAGCGCCAGCACUCCGGCACCGGCAUCGGCGGCGAUGAGCCUUGCAUCGGCAACGGCACCAACGCGGCCGGAUUGCCGCCUGCCCUAUGCACGCGCAAUCGUGCAACCCGAAACGCCACUGGAAGGCCGCCACGGGUGCGUCCAUACGAAGGACAAGAAGAGCAGCUAGCAGAGCUCGAUGCGGAAGCUGGCGCUGAAGAGGACCGCUUCAGCCGGGGGUUGGAGGACGAUGGAUGCGAAGCAGGGGACGCAAGGUCCGCCAGCGACAACGCCGCAUCGCCGCACGAGAGUGAUGGGCGCAGCAGUGAAGAAAAUGCAGAGCGUCCCGACGUCGCCGUUGAGGUCAUUCAACCGCUUGUCGCGUCCAUCGACGAUGCAUCACUCUCAUCCUGCACGAAGCGCGCUCCCCCACCCUCGCAGGUGGUGACGGCGUGCGCGUCGGCGCACGCCAUCACGGAAACAACCAUGGCUCACACACCACAAGCACGUCGCUUAACUUACAAUGGCGACAGCAGUCUGGAAGAGCUUGACGACGACCAGCCCGCGAGCGAGGAGGUGCGCCCGCGCGACAGCCGCUACCCAACGCAAGAGUCGCUUGAGAACCACAGUGACGACGGCGAGGGUCGGCGUGCGUCGCAGCCGGCGGACCAACCUCCCCCUCGCAGCUGCCACGCGCAGCUCGAACAGGCAGCCUUAUCUCCUCCAUGUGCACCGACUACGCCGACGACUCAUCGGCAGAGUGUCGAGGCCAUGGAUGCCUCGGCAUCCGUGGUGAAGACGGACGCGACAAGCUCCACCUUAGCCACGCAGCUGCUCGCAGAGACGGAGGGGCGUCGCAACUCUCCCGGUGCUGGAAAAGAAGCGCUCGUUGCGCACGGUGAAGUCAUGCCAGGCGUCCUGCAGACGAUUGGCCCACGUGUGAUGUCGGCGUCCUCGGAUGACCGUUCCCGGAACCAGCGCGCUGGUAAGGGCAGCAUCCACGCUCAUGCGACAGAGGUGGAAGCGGCGCAUUCAGCCUCCUGGCAGACGCAGGGGCCGCAGGUGAUCUCCGCCUCCGCGGCGCGUCGUGCGAGUCGGCAGGCCGCGGAGUCUGUCGACCCGUGGUACACCGACGCCGAUCAGCAGCCGAGCCUGCUUCAGACGGUAAGCUCGUGCAACCUCUUGGGCUCGGCUGCGGAUCUGUCGGGGGCGAACUCGCGGCGCAAAGUCUACGGAUCCAUGCUCGAGGACCACUCCGACACGCCCGUCCAGGCAGAAGAGACGACGACCGUCAGGCAGGCUUCUUCCACAAUAGCGGCAGAGGACAGCGCCGAUCAGCUACAAUCCCGAUGCGCCGGUGCCGCCCUGCCGCCUCGCUCGCUGGUGGACGAGAGUGCCUCAAAACGUCCUUCCCUCCUCGCCUCUCGAGCCUCAUCCCGCCCGGACACCAGCGACGGCGAAGAGGACUACGACGGCCAUCUGUCGCAGGCAAAGCGAGCAGACCCUAAGAGAGCGACGGAGAGCAUGGCGGCGGCUGCAUGUGACUGCCGCCGGGGCGAGGUGGACCAGGUGCCUCCGAUGCAUCAGCCGCACACGCGCAAGGGCGAACUCGACGAUGAGGGUGGCAAGGAUGAUAUCAACGCAAUGAACGGCAGAAAAAACGAAAGCGAGGAACACCACCAGCAGCAGCGCCCAGCGGAAGAGGAGCAGGCUGUAGGAGCCGCGGCUGCGAGAGGAAGCGACGGCAAACAUGGACUUGUGCCACAGCAUCGCCGGCAGGUGCAGGUGAGCGCUCUGGAGCUGCAUCAGAUUCGUUCUUGUCGUGCCCUCGCGCACGAAAGCAGCAGUGAAACCCACCAAGCUGAGUCUAUCGACGUCUGCGAGGAGAACGAGGAUAGCGCGGAGUACAUCAGCUGCUACGACGUGGCCUGUCAGACAUCACAGCAUCUGCUGAUGUCGGUGCGAGAAGAGUGGCAGGGGCGUGCGCAAAGCCGGCAAGAAGCGAGUGGGGAGGACGACGUCAGCAAGAUCGGCCCACUGGACCCUCACUACGUUGGUUCGAACCGGUGGAUGUGCGCUGCCGGUGUUUGCCCACAGUGCCACCCCAAGCGGCGGGUGAGGGGGAGCAGCGGUGGUUUCGGAGGGCGUAGCAAGCCGACGUGGCCACUAGCCCCGUGCAGCACCUUGGGCUACAGCGCUCCACCUCGCCCUGUCCCGUUGCAGAGGCCCCAGGGGCCAGCGAGAGCGGCUACUGCAGGUCUCGGCGCACGCCUCCCGCCGCUGGGGUCGUCCUCAAGCGCAUCGACGCGCACGCACCCCCAACUCCCGCCUGCGUCGUCGUGCCAGCAGCGCGCUCAAAGGGCACCGUCUGCACGGCCGCACAGCAGCACGUAUGCGAGUAGCAGCAGCAGCCGCAGCGCUGGCCGUCACUACCGCCGCGACCGCUACUCGCCUACGGUCACCUCCUACCAGGGUGGGUACUGCUUCACGCGCGAGUGGGACGCACAGCAGCAGCAGCGGCAGUGUCGGCUGCGUGAGCUGCAGAUGGAGCAGAGAGCCCGCCGCGGGGGCACCGGGGCGGCAUACACGUCCUUGCUGUUGCUGACAAGCCAUGACAUGCGCUCGAGGGAGCGAGCCGCCGGUAAGGAUCCCAGAGCCUAUCGCUACUGCAACUUGAAGACGCAGCAGAUGAUGGUGCACACGGGGGUCGGCCGCGCAGAUUUAGCACUAGAGAGCUACAACGACACGCUACACGGUGCCCCUCUCAUCGAGGCGCAGGAAGACGACAAUGACGGUGCGAUGAAAGCAAUCGAGGCCUGGAAAGAUCGGGAGGUCAUCGAGCAGAAGCAGCUGCGUUAUCCGGUGGCCGCAGUUGUUUCCGCCGCAGGCAGCAGUAACGCCGCCACCACCACCAACCCCCGCUCCCACGCACACCCGGCCGCCAGCGGCUCAGCCAAAGCGAGUCGGUUGUGCGUACUGUGCUGA